AUGGGCUUCAAAACUACUAUAUUCCGUUCUUUAACAAGAACAGCUACUGUAUCUGCUGGUUUAUUCGCCGGAGGGACUUUGUAUAUCACUUUAGUUGAACAUCCAGCCAGAAGAAAGCUUGCUACAAGUCAAAUGUACUUGGAAUGGAAGGAAAGCCUAGUCAGCGCUAAACCAAUGCCUCUACUUGUCCUAAUAUCGUCUUUAUCUGGUAUAGGAGCUUAUCUUCUCAAGCCCAAAGCGAAGGGAAUACCAUGGAUCUUUGCCGGUGGAGCGAUAGCUGUGAUCCUGCCAUACACGGCCCUCGUAAUGUGGCCUUUUGCGAUCGGUCCAAUAUACGACAAGCAGAGGGCAGAGAGAAAGGGUGACGAGUAUGUCAGGAGAUAUUUGGAAAAAUGGAAUUCAUUGAACACAUUUAGAACCGUUUUGUCCUUAGCCGUGUUUGGAUUUUGCGUUUAUAAUAUAAGAAAGUAG